UGUAUUUACAUAUGUUACAGCCGGUCUCCGACUUACGAACGAGUUACAUACCAAACACUAGGUUGUAACUCAAUCUGUUCGUAAGUUGGAUUGCAUUCACAUACAUAUGGCCGUGCUGUUCGUAGUUCGUGUUCUGGCUGUAUAGGAGGUUGGUUGUAAAUACGAAUGGUUGUAAGUCGAUGCAUUCGUAACUUGGGGACCAGCUGUAUUUGGGGGCUCUAUAGAUCACAGUGUAUUCAGCAGUUCUAGAAAUUCCUGAGAUAAAACUGUCCUGUGGCUAUUAUAUGGCUGCAAUGAGGUCUAAUGUGUAUUUAAACAAAAGAAAAUGUGCACAUACGUUAAAUCCUCACGCCCAAUACAAACCUGUAUGCAAACUCCACAAUGAAAUACUAGUUAUGCAAACUGUAUGCUGCUAAGGCUCUACCGUUCAACUCUGUCUUUCAUUCUAAAUUGAUUUUGAUCACUAUAUAAAAAUUCCUAAACCAUUCAUGCAGUAUAGAGCAUAUACAGAUAUUUUAAACAGCAGCAUUUUGUAUUAAGCGGUUUCAGGAAUUAAAAACUUUGGCACUCGUGUGCAGUUGCAUUUGAAAGAGGAUUCAUGUUGGCUUUACUGUUUAGUCUUUUUAUUCUCAUCAAGCUGAAAGUAGAUUAACUUCACAAAGGAAAAUUUUGCCCUUAAGCCACUAAGGACUUGUGGCCAUUUGCAGGGUUAGAACUUAAUAAAAGAGCAAAUACAAAUAAACCCUUCCUGCCUGGACAUGACAGGGCUGACACUUGCACUGCGACACACACACCUAGGAUCAUCUCCGCCGGCAGCCUGGGGCAGCAGCUCUGGCAGGCACUGACUGGUGUGCGGGGCUCUAGACUUCCUAUUAUGACGUCAUCCCUAGCAACCGUGAGCCUCUCUCGCGUCCUGGAUACGGCUCCUCCUCCCCUCACCGGUGCCUCCCCCAUUGAUCCCUGGUCCCAGCAGCUGGCUUUUUUGCCCUCUCCUUCCUUCAGAGUCUCGGAGGAGGGAGCAGGGGAUGGGGGAGAGGCUAGGAGGGCAGUGUGCUCAAGGAGAGGGAAAGUGAGGGGUGAGGUGGGCAGGAAGGAAGGAAAGUGACAGCCUCCUGGAAGAGGAAAAGCAACAUUAGUCUCUAUGCUUUCUGCUUCUUCACCUUGGUGGGGGUUGUAAAAAUGUUGGACAAUAUCCAUGCUGCAAUCCUCGAAUCGGGCAAGAGUGUGUUCCCGACGCUCCCAAAGCUCACAGCAGACGAAGUCUUUAGUAUUUGGGCCAACGUGUCUGAAUUUGUGGAAAGGCAACUCUCUAUGAACAAGGGUGUUCAAAUACCAGGGCUUGGAACAUUCUCCUUUUUAAGACAAAAAUUAGAUGUCGGCAACAAUAAAUUUAUCCUUAUGCAACGACCUGUGUUUCUUCUGUCCGAGAAACUAGCACAGACUCAUGGACUCAAAAUUGCCAAAAUACACACUCCUGGUGAUAUCCCAAUUGUUCAACUGAACUUCAUCAUGUUAUCCCUGGAGGGUCCCUUUAACAGGGAGAUAGUGGAAGGAUGUAUAAAAGAGACCCUGCUUUUUUUCUCACGAUCCAUCGCUACCAAACAGAAUGUCGAAUUCACUUUCAAGGGAAUUGGAGUUCUCGCUGUCCGGGACAACAAAGUGAAAAUGAAAUUUUACAAAGAUUUCCUUCAAGCUAUGGAUGGCAGUGGCAACCUGGUGAAAGCUCUUUCCAAUAGACCCGGAACGGGUGAUUCAGUAAUUUCAGGCAGAGAAACUGCUAUGUCUCAGUCCCGUGCCUGCAGUGUUGUCAUGUUUCCAAGGAUUGAGCUGAAGGAAACAGACAACAAAGCAGCCCUGGAAACUAUCAUAGAAGAAUGUGAAAAGUCGAACAAAGAAAAAGAGCCAAUAGAAAAAGAGAGAGUUCAUAGUAAUAGUAGCAGUAAGAAAGAGAAUCUUCCCGUGAAGCGCCUUGUGUCCCGACAAUCUAUUGUUCCUGCCAAGGUGUCAGCGUUCAGUCUGACCGAUGAGCUGGAGAAGAACAUCAAGCAGAAGAAUGCCCCUGAAAGUGCAACAUCACCUGCUGUUCCAUCUUUCUCAAAGACUGAAAUGGAUGGUGGUCCCAGUCUAAAUCAGGCAGCCAGACCUAGAACUCCAUCCCCUCCUUGUGAAGAUCAUGGUAGGGCAGGACAGGAAAUGUGCUAUCUGUGUAUGCAGCGUGCUCAGAGGAACAUCCCAGUGUACUUCAGUGAAGAAAGACGGAGGAAAGAGUUGGAUGAUGACAGGAUAUUGGCUCAAUACCAAUCAGCGAAAGACCAGGAGGCUCUUCAUAAGCAGCAGAUGAAAUUCUUAGCAAACAGAGAACAGAACCAAAAAAAUGCUGCCUUUAAUCUGGGGGUGGCUGAAGCAAUGAGAAACCACAAGAAUGAAAAAUCCACAGAAUUUCACAAAUCGUUUGUUUUUGUUAAACGGUCGCCUACCCCUCCUCCCUAUGCCAAGCAAGAUGAGUAUUCACAAGACUUGUUGAAGCAAAUGGAGGAGAAGAAGGAGAAGGAAGUAAAACUAAAGCAGGACAAAGAGCUGAUGGAUCGGUUGGAACAAGUGCAGCUUGCGGAAGAGCUAGCUGCCCAAAGAGCGAAAUAUCUUAAGGGAAAGAUGGAAGAAAUGCAGUGUUAUAAGAGAGCCUUGGAUACACAGGUAAAGUUGAAGCCAAUACAGUUGCCGGUCUGCGAGCCUGACUCAGCAGACCUCAUCUUUGGGAAGAGUGACAUGACCAAUGAGAAGCUUGCAGAAAAAAGGCAGAGAGCCCAGGAGUUCUACAAGCAUCAGCUGCACUCAGUGGCAGAGCGCAAGAGGACGGCUAUUCUCAAUCAGCUGGUGGAGCAGAGGAGAGAAGCCGACAUGCUGCAGAGAGCCAAGCGAGAGUGGAUUGCAGAUAGAGGAUCUCAGUUUGAGAAAAUAUUCCAGAUGAAUUUAGCAAUGCAGGAUGACUGGCAGAAGAGCGUUGGAAUGAAAAGGCUGCGGGAAGCUGAAGAGAAGCUGUUUGAGCGUGCUGGGAACAAGCUCAUGCUACUAGACCAGUGUGAGAGAUACCGACGCUGUUUCCAGUGUAAGAGGCGCACUACCAACUGUGGGGAAAGCAAUGUGUGGUCAGAGUCUAGAUACAUCCCAGGAUCCCGGUUAAUGGUUUGAAGCAAGUUUUCACCCUAUUUUUGUUUUCUUUGUGGGGAUUAUUUUCCCUGAAUGUGGUGAGCUAUUUCUCACAGCUCAAUGAAAAUUGUUCUAAAGAUUGUUGCUUUUGGACUUAGAUUUUUAUGAGAAUUAUGUUGAAUUAAACAAAGUUCCAAAGCAGUAACUUCCUUGCUUUGGUACCAGAUCUGUAGGUUAGUUAAAUUGAUGACAAGAUCCGGAGGGGCAGAAAGAAGACAGUUUCAGGGGCAGAGGAUUGUUACCUUAGUCAAGUUGGCAGGGAGUGAUCAGUAAUUGCUACUUCUCAGAUCACCAUUUAGUGCUCCAUAGGAAAUAGGGAUGUUGGAUAUCGUUUAAUUUAGUAAUUGUGUAGCCGCAACUAUUUUUAGCAAUUACAUGGUUACUGGGGCCGGCCACCAGUGUGCUCCCAGCUCCCAGGCCCACUGCUGGGGAGUCCCCUGCCAUCCUGCGAGGGGAGGUGGUUUAAAAAUUGGCUCCCCAUACAGACCAGCUCCUGUCCGCCACCCCAGUCCACAGGGGUCCCCAGCUCCUUGCAGACAGAGGCUGCUCCAGCAUCCCUCCUGCCCCACUCCACCCCGUGCUGCUGCCUCUGAUACAGAUGAAGCACUGCAGAGGGCAAAGGCAAGCGACUCCGCAGAUCUGAGCAAUGGCUCCUGUCUGCCCCCCUGUGCUGUUGCUUCUGUGGGAGGCAGUGAUGGGAGGAGGGAAAGGAAGGCAACCCUAUGGGAAUUGGCAUGUGCAGGGAGUCAGCUUAAAAGAUGGCUUCCCAGAAGCACCAGUUCCCACCCCCCUUGCUGCCUCUGUAUCAGAGGCAGUAAGGGGGGAUGUAGGUGUGUAGUUGUUUGGAUUAGCUGAUAAGUCCAGGCUAAUUUGUUAAUCAUUUAAAUGACUAUACACUAACAUCCCUAGUAGGAAAGGAGUUGAUGGCCUCUGUCCAGUAGCUAAUGGAUAGUGGCCACUAAUUAAUAUAUUUCUUAGCAAUCUUAGCAAAGAUGAACUGAAUCAGCAUGGAGACUGGCCUAAUCUCACACCAACCGGUUGCAUCUCUUUCUUCAAGGGGAGGCCUGCUGGUAAAGCAGCUUGCACUGCCACUAAUCAUGUUGCUGUCUAUUUGGCUGUCUAGGCAGUUUCACUCACCAGGGCCUUCACAUAGACUGGUACUUUUCAAGUCAUUCAGUUGGCCUAAAAAUCGGCUGUUGAUGCUAGUUAACAUUUAUCUCUGCCGUGGAGUCAGAUAGCAAGAGGCAUUCUGAAAGGAAGUUACAAAUCCUGCCCACUGUCCCCCAGACAGUGUGGGUACUAAGUGGAAUAAGUAUUUCUGUAAGAAUGGCUUCUUCUUUCAAUUUGUUACAGUGUGGGGCCUGGGAGCUUUGCUGAAAUCCUCGCUCAAGCAAACCUUUUAGAAAAUCCUAAGCUCCCAGCCUCAUUUUGAAUGCAAGCUCUGCUGGAACCCUCUGCUCAUCAGGCACUUGUCCAGCUGGAAUGGCUGAAUUGGAAUAAGAUGUGUUUUAAAGGCCGAACUGCUGCACAUUAGUGGAGACUGGCCAAGAGCUGGAUCCCAGCCACUGAGGCAAGGACAGAAAUGUACUAAUUAGGCUAGAGAUCAACCAAUACUGCCAAUUGCUACAGAAGCCAAGAGAAUAUAAAUUGUCCAAGAGAAUAUAAUAGUCAGAUGGCUGCCCGUCUUGCACUCUGGCACGAGCAGUGCUUUCUCUCACUGUUGCUACAGCACGAGAGCUAAAGCCUGCAGGAUUCCCACCAGGCUUGUUGAACUCAUCAGGUGUUUUGCAAGGGCUGUAGCAUUGGGGCUUUACUUCUAGCUCUUCUUCCCCUUCCAAAAACUCACCCUUGAUUGGGUGCUGGUCUGUUACUGAUAGCUGUAGGGCCACCUCUCUCUCAGGACAUCACCAGCUGUUCCUUUCUACUGUCUGCACAAACAGUUCCAGAACAUGAGCAGGGACAGAGACUGUUUCUGUACAUUGGAACUGUGUUAAUAGCAGCAAAAGGAAGUAUUUCGUCAUACAGUGCAGUCAACCUGUGGAACUCCUUGCCAGAGGAGGUU